AUGCAGCUUUCUUUACUUUGUGCUGGUCUCCUCGCCACAGCAAACUUAGUGUUCGCAGCUCCUACACCUAGUGUAACCAUCGAUGUCAAUUCCACUGAACUUGUCACCACCACAAAGUCCCACUGGGCCCCUCAAUUCUCCCCUGAAUUUCCUGGAUUGAAGGUCACUAAUCCCAACCCUAAAUACAACAGUGGUCCCAUUAACACUGGUACUACUUUAUCAAAGAAGACCUUAGAUUUAUCCAAAUACCCUAAGGCCUGGGAAGUUCCUUCCCCCAAUUCCGCUGAAGUCAAGGCUGUCAUUAAUAAGAUCAAUUGGGAUUUGGUGCCCAAAUCUCCUAAGCGUAAAGCAAAGAAUGGUGACCUUGAUGAAACUGGUUAUGAUGAAGAUAAAGACCCUGAUUGUUGGUGGACCGCGACUCUGUGUACUAAGCCUAAGGUCGACUAUAUUCCCUCAGAUUUCUAUACUUGUCCUACUAAGGGUGAUUGGGGUCUUACUUACGACGAUGGGCCCUUCGUCUACUCUGAUGAUGAUGAUAAGACGACUCAGUACGAAAACAAAUGGUCUGAACCAGAACUUUAUAACUUUUUGGCCAAGGAAGACUUGAAGGCUAGUCUUUUCUAUGUCGGUUCCAACGUUAUUCAAUAUCCCGAGGCCGCUAAACGUGCCCUGAACAAUGGUCAUACCCUCUGUUCUCACACUUGGUCUCAUACUACCAUGACUACUCUUACUAAUGAGCAAGUUGUUGCUGAAUUGUACUGGUCUCUUAAGGCUAUUAAGGACGCUGCUGGUGUAACUACCAGAUGUUGGAGACCUCCUCAAGGUGACGUUGAUGAUCGUGUCCGUGCUAUUGCCUGGCAAAUGGGUCUCCACACUGUUAUCUGGGAUGAGGAUACCGACGAUUGGGCUAUGCCUGCUCCUGGUGGUUCCAACCUUCCCCCUGAAAAGGUCGAUGCCAAGUUUGCUAAGUGGAUUAAGAACCAACAACAAGGUAAAUACAAAACUGGUAUUAUGGUCCUCGAACAUGAAUUGAAUCAUGCUACUAUCCAAAUGACCGAAAAGUGGCUGCCCAAGGUCAAGCAAACCUUCAACGUCGUUUCUGCUAUGCAAUGUAACGGCGUCACUCAACCCUACUGGGAAAAGUCUUUCGAAUACCCUGCUAUUCACUAA